UUGAAGAAUUUGCGGCUUGAAUUUCGGCGUUGCUAAAUAUUUAUUUCCCUCCUUACCGGUUUUAUUUAAUUUAAGCAUAAAGUGUAUGGUUGUGAUAACUGAAUAAUCCGUCAAGAUUAACUUUCCCUUAAGAUUGAUUUCGAAAAAGUAAGAAAAUAAGCGUAGACCAACUUUUAAGUGGAUUCUCCUGGUCUGAAUCUUCAUCCUACGGGUUUGUUGACUAAUUAAAAAUGUCCACACGCCCGCGACGAGCCGCUGCUAGUAGACAAAAGUUGGUGGUUGAGCUAUCCGACUCGGAGGCAGAUGUUGAGUCCCAGGAGGCCGAUGAGUACAGGCCACGAGAAGCGAAUAACCGCAGGGUAGAUCGCGCUGCUGAUCGCUUGACCGGCAGUUCAACUCGUAAGCGUUGGCCCACUUCUAAGAAUGCAGCCGGCGAAGAACCAGCUCCCAAGAAAAAGCGCGCCAAAGAGGGGAAAGAGGACGAGAACGCCUGUCCCAACGAGACCAACGCAGAGCCGCAAGAAGAGGCACCUCCGCCUCCAGUAACGCAGCCAGAUGGAGCUGCUGUCAGGCCGUCGACAUCAGGCCGCAGUUCUUUCUGGGAGCGCCGCAAGGUAUGGAACAUACACGAACUGUUGGCCGAGACGGAGAAUAUCCAACCGCAAGCAGCCAGGAAUAUUGUGCAGUUAUUUGAGAACGAAAACACCAUUCCCUUCAUAUGCCGCUACCGUCGAGACCUGGUAGACCACAUAGCCCCGGAUCGGCUACGCGAUAUCCGGAACACCUACACGGAUAUCGUUGACCUGCGAAAGAAGGCCGAAAACAUUGUCAGUCAGUUGGAACGCGAAAAAGUACUCAAUGCGGACAUUCGGGACGAGCUGAUGUGUGCAAAGACGAACGAGGAACUGGAGUUCCUUUACGCUCCCUACAAGCCGGCCAGCAAGGGCACCCUGGCAGAGAGGGCCAAAGCCCUGGGCCUGGAGGUGUACGCCGACCGUCUGCUCUACGGCACUGCACCCAAAGUAGAUAUAAAAUCGAUUGUGGACACAGCGAAAGAGGGCUUGGCAACGGAAGCCCUCGUAAUCAGUGGAAUUUGCAACAUUAUAAUGCACAACAUUAGCAAAAACACCAAUGUUUUGGAGGAGAUCCGAAGAUUACAAAGUGUCCAUCGCGUGUUCCUGAAGUGCAGCAAGACAAAGGAGUCGACAUCGUCCAAAGCUAGUUCAAACAAAACUAGCAGCAGCAAAGGAUCCAGCGGCAUUGUGGAUAAAAAGUUGGACAGCUCCAAAUUUGAGAACUACUUCAACUUUCAGGGUGACAUCAAGACCAUAAAGCCGUAUCAGAUGCUGGCCAUCAAUCGUGGCGAGAAGCACAAGUUCCUCUCGGUAAAAAUCGAGACGAGCGACUAUCUUAAACGGGAUCUGAUGCGCUUCAUAACGGAUCAGUACAUGUCAGAAGGUCUGCAGUAUCCGCUUCGGAGAGAGAUCUUCACGAAAUCCCUGGAGGAGUGCUAUUCAAAGAAGUUGCAGCCUCUAAUGUGCCGGCAGAUUCGAGCUGAUCUUAAGGAGAAAGCUCAGAAAGCAGCCAUCGAUGUUUUCGCCAAGAACCUGAAGCAGCUGCUAUUGAUGUCACCCUUGAAGGGCGAACGCAUUUUGGGUAUUGACCCGGGUUACACCAAUGGCUGUAAGCUGGCCGUGAUAUCCGAGACAGCAGAUGUGCUGGACACGGGUGUUAUCUAUCCACACGGUGCCAGGGCCAACAAAAGGGCCGCAGAGCAAAAGCUGAUUCAAUUUCUCUCUGAGCACAACUGCCAGAUCAUUGCUUUGGGAAAUGGAACUGCCUGUCGCGAAACUGAGCACUGGCUGACCGAUAUGUUCCAUGCUGGAAUUCUGGAUAGUAGAAGCAUCCGCUACAGCAUCGUUAACGAGAACGGUGCUUCUGUUUACUCCUGCAGUGAUGUAGCCACUAAGGAAUUUCCCAAUAUGGACACGAACGAACGAAGUGCAGUUUCCAUAGCUCGUCGCCUGAAUGAUCCGUUGAGUGAGUAUGUAAAGAUAGAGCCGCGACAUCUGGGCGUCGGCAUGUAUCAGCACGAUGUCUCUGAGAAGACCCUGACGGAAUCAUUAAAGGACGUCGUCUCCGAAUGUGUCAGCUAUGUGGGCGUGGACCUCAACACCGCCAGUUUGAGUGUACUCAAGCACAUUGCUGGACUAUCAGAGAAAAAGGCGGAAAAGAUCAUAGAGCAUCGAUCGCAGAAGGGACCUUUUAAGACCCGGAAGGACCUGCUAUCAGUAAGAACUAUAGGCGAAAAAUCAUUUGUACAGUGCGCCGGCUUCGUGCGCAUCGAGCCGCUAAGCGUUGGUGGUCAUCUGCAAAACCCCUUGGACUGCACCUGGGUUCAUCCCGAAAGCUACAAAGUGGCGGACAGUAUUGUGGCGGAAUGUGACAUGAAACUGAAGGAUAUAGGCAAGGCUAACUUUAUAGCACGUAUCAAGGAGUUUGCCGCAUCGCAGCCAAAACUAGAUAGUAUGGCCAAGAAACACAAGUUGCCCAUGGAAAGGUUGGAAUUCGUGCUGAUUGCUCUGCAGCGCGAAUUGCUGCAAGAUUAUCGUGCCGAUCUGGACAAGCGACCGCUCUUCAAGCAGGGCCUUACACGGCUGGAUGAGCUCAGUAUAGGCGAUGUGGUGACCGGAGCGGUGACUAACGUAACCCAGUUUGGCGCCUUUGUGGAUGUCGGUGUGGAGCGCGAUGGGCUGAUACAUAAGAGCCAUAUGAACAACAGCGAGCUAAGCAUCGGUGAUCGCAUUGUGGCAUCGGUGGUAAAGGUGGAUUUGCAGCGACGCCAGUUGGGCCUGCGGCUGGAGAAUAUGCUGGAGGAGACGGACACGUCGUUCACCUUCAAGGUGGAGCAGUAAAAACAAACGACUGGGACUUAAUGCUUUUGGAAGUAUUUAAUGAGUCAUAUCGUAAUUGUUGGGUUGCUCACAGGAGCAUUCAUAUAUAUACUAUAUAUUGAUCAUAUAUAUAUGUAUAUGUGUAUAUGCAUACAUAGUAUAACGGCUUUCCUAACUGUACUCAAAGCUUAUCUGUUAGUAAUAAAUGUUCACAUAAAAAUCA